ACACAGCACUCAUCACAUCUGUCACACAUGGAUUUACAAUAUUUUCGUUUCCAGGAAAAAUGCGGUCAUACUUUCGGAAGACGGGAGAACGUCCUGCGAUGGAAACGGAAAAUGUUUGUUGUGUACAACGUGAAAUAAUAUUGCAAAUAACCGGUACCGUUGGGGAACGAUGUUUUAAUUAUAGUCAGAGGAACGAACGAUGUGUAUCAUUAAGAAUUCCCGGAACUAGAUGCGGCUAUAUAGACGUACGAUAGUUCCCCUAGCCUUCGACUAGUAAUAUCACAAUUACAAAAAUAUCACACGCACGAUAAACAAAUAUUUUUCCUACACACUUGAAAACAAUGUAUUUAUCAAUAAAGUAUAUACCACUAUAAAAAUUUGUGGUAAUUUUCAAAUCAACUUCCUAGUGAGAAAUUAAUUUGACGUGUUAACUAAAAAAAAAUAAAAUACGUAUUUCAACGAUGAUAAAUCAUGUUGUUUUUAAACAUUCAUGAUAAAUUUAAAAUACUAUUUAAUGACGUUUUGCGUGUUGUAAUUCGACUGAAAUAUUCGAUGAUAACCACUUAUCUCUGUGACUAUGAAUGAAUGUAUAUAUGUGGUAUACUCACGUAUGUCAAUAGUGUUACCUAAUGUGAUUCAGCUUGUCACCGUGAUGAAAUAAAGUUAUAAAGAGAUACAUUGUUUUGUCAAUAUUAUGGCCCUGUUGUACUUUGUGUGACUAAUUUGUGUGAAUAUAUUUGAAAAUAAUGACAAAACUGUUAGGAGAUAAUAUUGGAAGGUUAUUACUCUAUUUUUAACUUUGUGUCUGUUGAGUGUAACGCAGAUCUCUAUUUACUUAGAGAAAUGGAAAUAAAGAAAAUUAAUAGUUCUUUAAAUGAAAAUAUGCGCAGAGGAGUAAAUGCUUCAACCACUAGAGAAGAUUUAUCGGAAAUACUUCACAAACUUCAAGAUUACAAACAUCCCAAAUUGUCGAUCGGAAUGUUUUUUGAAUUUAUGAAAGUUGCAUACCAAGUCAGUGAUAACUCUAAGAAUAUAACUACAAUGUUCACGACGGACAAUAAAUUCGAUUGGGAUAAAUUAGCGAAAAUUGAUAUACAUUUAGAAACGCCAAGUUAUAAUACAAUUCAUGAGAAAUGCGUUGAUAAUGGUGUUACAAGUGAAAAGAAAAAUCUUGUACCAGAGUCGUUGCUUGAAACAUAUAAUAUGAAUCUUCAAAAUUCUACGUACUCUGUUACAUCUUCAAACACGGAGAUCGACCAUCAACAGACAUCUAGCUACGAUAAAAAUUUAAUGGUCGAUACUGAAAAUUGUAAUAAAGUUACAGAAACAUUAUCAUGUUUGGACGAAUCGCAGGUUACUAGAUCUACAGAUGCAACGGAGAAUCUUUUAAUAAAUCUCAUGAAAACAAAUUUGAGCGAUAUAUUGCACGAAGGUUUAUUAGAUUCUGUGUUACCGUACAUGAUUCCGAAGUCUACAGUAUCGCAACCUAUUAUUAAAAAAACAAUUAUAAAUAGUGAAAUUAAGAAAUGUAAUUCAGUAAGCAAUAAUAUUGAUACAAAAGUGGCCACAAGCCUAACGCAUAAAGAAAAGGAAAAAGAUAAAAGCAAAAUAAAUAAAAGAUCAAUGGAAAAUGAAGUGGAAAUUCAUGUUUGCGAUGAAGAAAAAAAUAUUAAAAAGAAUUUUCAUUGUCCACAAAAACUUCUUAUUCAAAAAAUGCGUUAUUUUGCUGAUGUUACGGCUGGGCAGAAAUUAGAAGAGAUCGACAUAUCUGUACAUUGUGAUAUUGUAAUAUUCGAUUGGCUAAUGAGGUGGGUAAAGAAAGAUACAAUGAAGAAAUCCGAAUGGCCAAUUUUGGAACCAAGUAAUGUCAUUCCGAUAAUGGUCUCUGCAUCCUUCUUACAAAUGGAACCACUUUUGGAGAAUUGCUUGCAGUAUUGUCACGAUAACAUGUCCGACAUAUUGAAAACAUCAACAAUUUUAACUUGUUUAGACGACAAUCUUCUUACAAGAUUGGUAGAAAAGUUUACGAACGAAGAUGUGGAAGGAUUAAAAGACAAGAAAGAUAAAAUUCAGAGUAAAUUAUUCUGCAAAUUGAUCAUAUCGCUAGCAGCAGUAAUGCCGGACAACAGAAAAGGACAUUAUAGUUCUUUAGCUACGUUAUUUAAAUGUAGUAAAUGUGGGAAAAGUAUUAUCCAAUCUGUUUCUAAUCAUGUACCAUGUAUCGCAAGUGCAAUGGUAAUCGAUAAUCACGGAAAUAUACAUAGUAAACACAUACGAGAUUUGUCGUGGAGUUUGAACGAUUAUAUCAUUAAUCUUCGAACCGAGUUACGUUCCUGGCGUAAAGUUUAUUGGAGAUUAUGGGGUGACUGUCAUUUUUUAUUUUGUACACAAUGCAACGUGUACUUUCCAAUUCAUCAAAUUGAUUGGUGCUGUUGCCACGCAGAACCUCCACAGUUUUUUAUUAAUGAACAGCAAAGACCCAUGCCGUUCCCCUUAGGAAGAUACCCGUGUUGUAGUCAACGAGCAUACAGAUUUGAAGUAUUGCCAAAUCGUGAAGGUUGUAGGUACAGGGAACAUAUUCCAGACGUACGCGCACAGAAGGAUAUAAAUAUAUUGAACAUUUUCUCUGUACACAGAGAAGUAAUAGCGAUGGAACCACCACAACUAUUUUUUCCAGAAAAAAUUACAAGAUUAGUGACUCGUGAUGUGUCUCUUCAAUCUGGAAAACUGACGUGUCAAAAUGUGAUGUGGUGGGUUGGUUUAGAACUUGCUCCGCAACGACCAAGAUUUGGACUUUUAGGAAAAAUAUGGAGUGGAACAGGACUUCGACGGUUAUCUCAAGCACAGGAUGCACAGAAGACGUCACUAAGAAAUUAUCGACAAGUUUCUCUUACAACUGAUGUUUUAUCCCUUAUGUCUUCAGUCACUGACAGCGAAGAAGACGAUGUGAUUACUAUUGAUGAAGAUUAUAGUAUCGACGAAGAGUCGUAUAACAGUGAAGAAUCACAUUCAUGGUCCACCUUAAGAUCAAAAAAUAAAAAUAAAAAGAAGCCAAAGAAUCAAAUUCUGAACCAUGGACGAUCUUGGAAUAAUGAUUUAAGCGUGAGACAUAAUCAAGAUAAUCAGAGAGAGUUCGAAGAAAAAGCUAGUACGCAAAUGGUAGCACUAUUAACGAAAAGGGUAUCCGCAGACUCUCCUUUAUUAUUAAAAUCAUUGAGUAAACACAGUCGUAAGAGAACUAAAUUGAAUGGUGGAACUUAUACAAAACUGGAAGCAGAGUUUCGCGACCAAUUAAAUCAGUGUUACAAAAACAAAAAUAUGGCAGGAAAAUACUUUUUACGUAUGAAAUCAACUAAAUUAUAAAUAUUAAUACAAUGACCCUUAAUAUAAAGUACGUGAAACACUUAAACUAAACGGACACAAAAUUUUCACUUUUUCUGAAACUUACCAUAAAAAUUAUUAAAUCGACAAGUCCACUCGCAGUCGCCAAGGUACAAUUCAUCGUAGAAUAAUAUAUCUUUAUUAGAUAUUAUAAUUUCAUAACUUCCUCACACUUAACUUAAACGAGUAGAAAAAUAAAUAUUAUAGUAAAAUUAAAAAAUCUCUCAUUUAUACUGUUCGUAACCUUUUCAAGGAGAAAAUGUAAAAUACAUUAUGGCUCUUUAGAUUCUAAGUUUUGAUAUAAAUCACUUCUAUCUAAUAAUUUGUUAAGCUCGUCUUCUGUAAAAACUGCAAUUAAGUUUAAUUAUUAAAACAGUGCAACAGUUGCUCACAUUCAAAAGAUAUUUAAAGUUUCGCUUGACGCUUUACCUUCAUUUUUAGAUGGACCUACUCGACAGCCUUUCGAUUCCAAAAACCUUUGUAAUUCCAAUAACGUUUCUUUAUUCUUUAGGUUUAAUACUUUGGUCUUCUUGGAGAUUACCAUUUUUUCUAGAACACGUUUUGUUUCUGCACGAUUCAUAAUGAAUUCAUCGAUAGUUCCUUCUGUACAAAAUUUAUAUAUCACUACCGGUUUCGACUGGCCUAUUCUGUGGCAACGGGCCAUAGCUUGUAUGUCCAUUUGUGGAUUCUAAAAAUGUAUUUCAUUAAUUCCAAGCAAUAUUACUCACAAAACAUAAAUGAAACAGUUAACGUACCCAAUCGGAGUCGUACAUGAUGACAGUAUCUGCACCAGUAAGAUUUAAUCCAACGCCUCCUGCUCUUGUAGAUAACAGGAACAAAAAUAUAUUCGGGUUUGAAUUGAAUUCUUCGAUACUAUGUUUCCUGUCACUAACGUCACAUCCACCGUCUAACCUAACAUAUUCAUAAGGACGCAUCGACAGAUAAUCUUCUAUCACAUCCAAUAGUGUUGUCAUCGUAGAAAACAAUAAAACUUUAUGUCCUUGGCUUUUAAGCUUCGGAAGCAUUGCAUCUAGUACUAACAGUUUACCAGAUGCUUUAACUAAGUUUUCGUCUAUUAACGGUAAACCACAAUCAUUCAAUGGAUAGCGGACUAGAUAUGGA